AGAAUUUCCCCUUUUAAUGAAGAUUCUGUCAAAAUGCGGAAGUAUGGUCGAAUUCGAUCAUCAACUUCGCGGGAGAUCAAUAUUCCUGCAGAAUUGAUAUGGGAAAUCUUGAUAUGGAUUCCGGUGAAAGACCUGAUGAGGUUCAAGUGUGUUUCAAGGGUAUGGUUUUCAAUUAUUAAUGAUCCAGCCUUCGCCAAAACUCACCGCCGUGGCUUUCAAGGGCUCCUCCUCCUUUCUGAGGUUGAUCUGAAUUACCCUGUAACCAAACACCACCUUCACUAUGUGAGCCUGGACGGCCAACCCAAUGAACUUUGUAAUCAACUCACCGUGAAUCAUCGCAAAAACGAUACAAUGAUGCGCCGCACUGAGGUUGUGAAUGGCCUGAUGUGUUACUACAGUUUUAAUCAGGCCUUCCUCUAUAACAUUGCCACUCGUGAAAGAUUGCGACUUCCUCGGAUCCCCUGCAUUGAUGAACGCGGACACUAUCGCUACUAUUUUGGUUUUGAUCCCGUCAAUAAAUUGUACAAGUUGUUGAGGAUUGGGUAUCAAUGUAACUGGAGAUGUAAGAUCCUCACCAUUGGCAAAGACAAAUCAUGGAGGACUAUUUAUAGAUGGAGGAGAUCUAAAAAUAACCCUCUUAUGGAAGUAACAGGACGUGGCAUAUGUUUCAAUGGAGUUUUAUAUUGGAUGGUUUCAACUAAUGGCCAACAUGAUCAGAAUCUCAUUGCCUUUGAUCUUGCUCAAGAAAAGUUUCAAGUCAUACCAACUCCUCCUGGAGAACCAAGGCAGUUCUUUCUGCCAAAUUUUGGGUCUAGCCUGACUCUUGUAUCUAAAAGAUGGGUUGACGCGCGUCAUGGACUCGUAACAUUCAUUUCACACGGUUGUAAUGAUGGAAUUUGUAGAGAUUUGGGAUGGAUAUGGACUGAUGAGUUAGAACUCGGAUAUCCCAAGUUGAAGGCUAAUUUUUGUUUGAGUAAGUUGCAGGGUUUUACUCCCAAUGGGGAGGCACUGAUUAUUGAUGGUGAACCUCAAAAAGGGUACUUGUUUGAUCUAACCAAGAGAGAGUCUGAGAUGAUCGAGCUUCAUAUACCUCCUGUAUCUUGCUUGACCGAAGUUUACUUGUUAUGCCAACCCCCUAGUCUCACUAUGUCAUAUUUCGAGGAGAAUAUGAUCUCGUUGAAGUCUUUAAUCUCCAGUAUCUAAAUUGUUCUUGGGAUUUCCUUUGGCUCAGUUCUUAGGUUAAGAAAAUAAAGAUUUUACACAACCGAUAUCUUAUCGUCGUAGUUUUUUUUUUUUUAAUUUUUAUCUUUCCUAUGUUUGAAGUUAAUGUUGUUAUACCUGAGGGAUUUUCAUUGUUGCUAGUGAUUUGUGUGCCAUUUGGUUGUUAGUUUCGGAUGCAUAAGGC